GUCUGUCCCAUGCUCAGAAUGAGGUCACCAUUGAGCAGGGGCCCCUCUACCGUACCGUCGGCUCCGAUAUCACCAUCUGGUGCAAGGAGACAGGGUACCGGGGGGCCUCCGACCUGGAAUUCCAGUACUUGGUCCGACUGCAGUCAGCUCCAGCGUUGGAGAUAAACGUGGUGAGCUCCGAUGAUCCCAAUUUCUCAUAUGCCAAAUACUCCCAACGUGUCCUGAGCGGGAAUAUCAAUGUGGAAAGGGUGACCAGGACCCACACCGUCCUUCACAUCAUCAAUGUACAGGAGGGGGACACGGGAGAGUAUGAGUGUUACACACCAAAUACUGCCGCCACCUUUCAGGGUACCUACAGCGCCAAGACCAAUCUGACAGUCAUACCCAACACCCUGCAGGUCUCCAUGGCUCCCCAGACCGUGACAAAAUCAGAGGGGGCCUCCCUGGAGCUGACCUGCCAAGUGUCCAUGGCCUCCUCACAGCACACCCAUCUGUCCGUCUCCUGGAUUCUCUCUACUGACUCGGACGCUGAGAUCCUGACCCUGACCCGCGACUUCGUCCUUCAUCCCGGAGGGGCCUUCUCUGAGCGCUUCACGGCUGGAGACAUUCGUCUGGACAAGCUAAGUGAAAGUUCCUACAAGCUGACCAUUGGGGCGCUCCACCAGUCAGACCAGGGCGAGAUCUUCUGCCGAGGAUCGGAGUGGAUCCAGGAUCCCAGUGGAGCAUGGACGAAGAUCGCUGAGAAAGACUCGGAGAAGACCAACGUGAAGGUGGCGGCAGUUCAGGGUGGAGAUUUUGAAGUCCAGGUUAAGGCAUCAGCCGAGGUUCUGACCCCAGGACGCCCCCUGGAAGUCACCUGCUCUGUCAGCAACACGAGUCCCAGUGGCGGGCAGUUCCGCGUUGUCUGGCAGCUCAGUGGCACCAUGAAAGCAAUCUGGGAACCCUCUGGAGUGGUGACAUUCAGAAGCGAGCUCAGCUCCGCGGGGGCGGAGGGACGGCUGGCUGUGCACAGGCGGGACCUGACGUCCUGGGUGCUAAGGAUCAGUCAGGUGCGGAUCGAAGAUGGCGGCUCCUACGUCUGUGAGGUUACUGACCAGAGAAGCAAGAAGAGAACAUCCAAACCAACGUCUGUGGAGGUGAAACUACCAGAGUUCCGCACUCCUGAGAUCUCACUGACGGCCGUCCCCCCUCAGCCCUAUGAAGGAGAUUCGGUGGCGUUUCACUGUCGGGUCUCUGCGUCAUCCUCCUCCCCGGCUUCUCUUGGAUGGUUCCGCAGGGCGGUGUCAGGGGAAAGGACGCAUGUCGUGUCAUUGCUGCAGGAUGGUCGGCUGGAGAUCGGAGCAGAUUACAGGCAGAGACACAAUGAGGCGCGUCUGCUGGCUGAGAAGGCGGAUUCCGGGCUCUUCGUGCUCAGGAUGGACGAGGUGACGCAAAGUGAUGGUGGAGAAUAUUUCUGCCGCUACGCCGAAGGAACGCAUGACUCCAAUGGAGACGGGACGAAUGUCACCACCGAGAGCAACGGGGUCCAGACUGAUAUCCGACGUCUGGACUCGACCGUCAAAGUCUCACUCAUGACGCGGAACUCGAAGCCCACCUUGGGUAGCACAGCCAGUCUCUACUGCCACGCCAAAGCAGAUUUCACGCUGAGGGACCGGCGGCGCCUCGUCUGGUCCUGGUUCUUUCAGCCUGAGUCUGACCGGCAGGGGCCCUUCCAGAGCCUGGUCCAGGGGCCCGGUAACGGGGAGCUGGUGUGGGGAGAUUCGUAUCCCAGCUUCAAGGGGAAAACGCAGAUCUCUCUCUCUGCCAACAAUUCCAUCCUGCAGGUCCACCGAGUCCAGCGGCUGCAGCAGAGCGGAACCUAUCGGUGCGCCGUCACAAUCCUGGCCGCCCGCAGCGGGGUGACGCUGGCCACCGUCUCCUCCAGUGAUGUCACUAUGAAGGUCCAGCUGCCAGACACGAAGCUGAGACUGGACUCCACCUCCCGCGCGCUGGUACUGACCACGGGACAGGACGAGGCUGCGGUCACCUGCAAGAUCUCGGAACGAACCCCCGGCACCGACCUCAGCGUCACAUGGUUCUUUCGUCCGCCAUCAUCUGCUUCCCAGGUGGAGGUACUUAGAGUGGACCACGGGGGCGUGACCAUCCAGGAUCCAUCAUCCCGCCCCCGCUUUAUGAGUCGGCAGUCCCCCGCGGACUCCUUCUCCCUGCGAAUCCUCAGACCGGGCCUCGGGGACAUGGGGGGCUUCCACUGCGCGGUGCAGGAAUGGCUACAAGAGGAGACGGGCAACUGGAUCCAAGUGGGGGAGAGAAUAUCCGGGGACACCCAGAUCACAUUCGCUGCCUCUGGGGGAGAUCCGUGUCUGUGUGUUGUGUCCUCGGUUCCUCCACCAGGGGGCGAUCUGUGUCUGUGUGUUGUGUCCUCGGUUCCUCCACCAGGGGGCGAUCUGUGUCUGUGUGUUGUGUCCUCGGUUCCUCCACCAGGGGGCGAUCUGUGUCUGUGUGUUGUGUCCUCGGUUCCUCCACCAGGGGGCGAUCUGUGUCUGUGUGUUGUGUCCUCGGUUCCUCCACCAGGGGGCGAUCUGUGUCUGUGUAAGGUACGCCAUAUCCCUUCCGCUGCCAGGUACGCCAUAUCCCUUCCGCUGCCAGACACGAAGCUGAGACUGGACUCCACCUCCCGCGCGCUGGUACUGACCACGGGACAGGACGAGGCUGCGGUCACCUGCAAGAUCUCGGAACGAACCCCCGGCACCGACCUCAGCGUCACAUGGUUCUUUCGUCCGCCAUCAUCUGCUUCCCAGGUGGAGGUACUUAGAGUGGACCACGGGGGCGUGACCAUCCAGGAUCCAUCAUCCCGCCCCCGCUUUAUGAGUCGGCAGUCCCCCGCGGACUCCUUCUCCCUGCGAAUCCUCAGACCGGGCCUCGGGGACAUGGGGGGCUUCCACUGCGCGGUGCAGGAAUGGCUACAAGAGGAGACGGGCAACUGGAUCCAAGUGGGGGAGAGAAUAUCCGGGGACACCCAGAUCACAUUCGCUGCCUCUGGGGGCGAUCCGUGUCUGUGUGUUGUGUCCUCGGUUCCUCCACCAGGGGGAGAUCCGUGUCUGUGUGUUGUGUCCUCGGUUCCUCCAGCAGGGGGCGAUCUGGGGCGAUCUGUGUCUGUGUGUUGUGUCCUCGGUUCCUCCAGCAUGGCUGUCCCCCUUCAGUCCAGGUUUAUUGAUGGACACACAGCGGCAUCUCUUGACUCCUCCCCCAUUGCUCACUGCACCUUCUUCUGUCUUCUUCCAGAUCAGACCCUGAAGCUUCCUAAGCAGAACGUCAGCUCUUCCGUCAAGCUGGAGGAGGACCUGGUUCUGCCCUGCCCCCUGGAGGCGGAGCCCAGUCCUUCAUCGCUCCUCUCCAUCUCCUGGUUUCGGCAGGGGUGGGACUUCAGUCCUCCUCGGCUCCUGUACCGGUCCGAUCGGGACGGGGUGACGGAGUACAAGGACGGACGCCUACGUAUGGUGGUUCCCAGGCGAGGGAAUUACAGCCUUGUUCUGCAGAGCGCCGGGCGCAUGGACGGGGGCAGAUACUUCUGUCGGGUGGAGGAAUGGCGGCUGCAGGACGGGGAAUGGAAGAUGACCGCGUCUGACCAGUCCGGGUUCCUGGAGAUCUCGGUCACCCUGCCUGAUCGCCUGAGUCUGAACCGCACAGAUUUAGCACUUUUGGUGCCACAACAGUCCACCAUCACCCUCCCCUGCCAAGUGCUUGCAGUGUCCUUGCCCAGCUCUCUCCUGUCCAUCUCCUGGUGGAAGGCUGGGGGCCCCGUGGCCCCGCACACGCUACUCUUCGCCGUCAACCACGCGGGGGAGUUUACUUAUCCCCAGGAGAAGAAAGACAGGCUCCAGUACGAGCGUCCAUCAGAGCUGACCUUCCAC